AUGUCAGACUACAAUGAGUAUUUGAACAUUGCAGUGCUCCAAGAGAACAAACCUGUGACCUACAAAUCAUUAGCGAGAGCCCUUGGUAUCCAUGUCAACAAGGCCAAGCAAGCAUUAUACGAAUUCUCAGAGUCUCGAUCCAAUGUUCGAGCUGUCUAUUGUAUUACUGGUACCUCUCUCAAAAGCAACCAAUUCACUAUUCAACUCGUCAAAGAUGCUGAAUUAGAUGACGCAAAGAAAGGUUACAAGGAGAUUUCUGGUAUUCACGUUUACAGCAUCACUUCAUUUGACCCUGACGAUUUCUCCAUCUUUUACACUGCAUGCAAAGACGCUCCUCAGCUUGCUAUCGAAGAUCGAGUAAAAUGCGGUAUCCUCAGAAACUCAAAUGUCGUCUCACGAAACAUCACUCCCACAAACCGCACAGUAUCUGGAGAGCAGAAGAGCGUCUCUAUAUCUAAUACCAAAUCUUUGACAUCUAAUACAUCAACUAAGCCUAUCACACCUCCCAACAGCACAUCUAAAACAACCUCCACCACUACGACUGCCAAAAGAAAGGGUGCUCUCAAUUUUGGACCUGCUUCCACCAAGAAACAAAUCGUUACUGCAUCGCCAAAGAGUGAAGUGCCCGUCUCAAAACCAGUGCCCAAGAAGAGCAUCAAUAAAAUGAAGGCCAGGAACGAGCAAGAUGAUCUAGAUGUGCGUAUGGCCAAGACGUCCAUCAAAGCCUCUGAUAUAUUCUCGGAUGACGAAGAAGAGGAAGAGGAGGAACAGGAUCAAAUGAAGGAACCUCAACCAGCUGAAGAUUUGGACAUCGUUGAGAUAGACAAUGAGGUUGAGGAUAUGGAAGUGGUUGAAUCUGUCAAGGAAAACGAGUCUGUUCAGGAAGAACCCUCGGUACCUGCACCUCUUGGAAAAGCCAGAAGAAAGGUACUCAAGAAGAGAACUACCAAGAAUAGCCGUGGACAUUUAGUGACAGAAGAAUAUUGGGAUUGGGAAGUGGUUGAUGAAGCCCAAGUUGAGUUAACAACGCCUACCACACCCUUCAAAUCAAAGACACCCUCAACAGCAGCAGCAGUAGCCAACAAACCACCAAACAGCAAAAAUGCCAAAAAUGCCAAAAAUGCCAAAAAACCCACGGGUCAAUCUAAUCUGUUGAGUUUCUUUAAGAAGGCUUGA